AUGGGUGUAAAUGAUAAGUGUUUGUACUUGGGUUUGGUUCUUUUGAGCACGCUUUGUGCUUUGAGUGGCAUUGGUCAUGGGAGUUAUGUGGAUGGUGGCGGUUUUGCUGAUCCUAGUCGGUGGAGGUAUGGUGAUGAUGAUAUUGGUGGGGGAAAUGGAGGAAGCAGUGGUGGGGGAGGAGGAGGAGGAGGUGGAGAAGGUGGUGGGAGUGGGAGUGGUGCUAACGGUGGACAAGGUCACGGCAGUGGCUAUGGUGCUGGUGGAGGAAUGGGCGGCAUUGGAGGAGGUGGAGGUGGUGGUGGAGGUGGAGGUGAGGGUGGAGGAGGUGGCAGCAAUGGAGGCCAAGGUCAAGGAAGUGGUUUUGGUGCAGGUGCAGGCGGAGGGAUAGGCGGCAUGGGAGGAGGUGCAGGAGGAGGAGGUGGUGGUGGUGAAGGUGGUGGCAAUGGAGGACAAGGUCACGGUAGUGGUUAUGGCGCGGGCGCAGGUGCAGGAGUAACCAGCAUGGGAGGAGUAGGAGGAGGAGGAGGUGGCGGUGGUGGUGGUGGUGGUGAAGGAAGUGACAAUGGAGGGCAAGGUCAUGGUAGCGGUUAUGGUGCAGGGGCAGGCAUGGGUGUGAUGGGAGGAGGAAAUGGUGAUGGUGAAGGUGGCGGUUAUGGACUUGGCGGGGGAAAUGGUCAUAAUAACGGUAAUGGGAUGGGAAUGCGUAUUGGAAUGGGGAUGGGGAUGGGUUUUGGUUUUGGCAUUGGAAGCAAUCAAGUACGUGUUACCAAUCAUGGCCCUUAA